CUGUCCGUGGCUGGGCGGAGGACUCAGUCCGUCUCAACGGCCCCCACGUCUCGCACACGCUCCCUCCUCCGCCGGGACUCCAGUCAGGGACAGCCUUCACCCCGGAGUGUCCCUUGCAGUCCCAGGGCCCGUGACGCCAGCUAGCUGCUGCUGCUGCCCGAGUCACCGCGCCCUAAGCGGAGCGUCCAGGGAGACGGGCCAGACGUGUGUAGUGGUGCUUGUGGACUGUGUUUUGGUGAUCAGUGCCUGUGUGUGCCCAAGGGAUAACACUGGCUGUGUGUGGAGGAGGCACCGCCGCGCCGCACAGCAAGCCCAGCCACAGCGUGAAAGUGACGUUGCGGAGACUGUACUGCAGAAGAUAGCCCGGCGGCCCGACCGUUCCAGAGGAUGAGUGCCAGACAGUGCCUGCUGCGGGUGGCCCUGGCCUGCCUCACCUGCCUGGCCGCCCACGCCGCCCAGUCCUCCCAGAUCCACCAACACAUGAGCGCCGACGACAUGAGGCUAGUCUUCCACAUCGAGGACAAGCAUGACCCAGUGCCUCACUACGACCUGGUGAAGCUGCGGAUGCGACACAAGCGCAGCGCGGACGGUGACGUGGUGCGCAGUGUCCAUCUCCGCGCGCUGGGUUCCUCGAAAGUGCUCAACCUCCGCCCCAACCUCGACCUCGCCCGCCCCGUCCCGCUCUUCUACGCCGACCGUGAUGACCAUGGCGGCGUCACCGUCACGCCCACCGACCACACCGAGGACCUGGGGGUGCCGCACCAGGACGAAGAACACAUGGCGGCCAUCACUGUGUCCCACCACCCCGACACUGGCGCCCUGCUGCUGGACGGCACGGUAGGCGAGGAGCUGGUGGUGCGACCCCUGCCCCCGUCCCUCCAUCAGGUGGCGCGGGGCGAGGAGGAGGCCAACAUCAACCAGCUGUCUCCGGACGAUGAGUUCUUCAUGGACCAAGACCCCGGUGGACUUGAGGACCCGAUGGUGUUCAGCGACGGACUCCCUCUGGCGGGCGACGACAACACGGGCUCCUUACUCGACCUCCAGCAGCAACAAGAGGACAACUCCGUCAACAGGACGCUGCCCGAGGGCCUGACGCUGCUGAGGCGCCGUCGCGAGAGUGAAUCCGAAGGUUACCACAUCGUGUACCGCCGAGCCGUCCCCGCCGUGGAGACUGACUACGCGUUCAUGGAGCCUGACCACAUCCCGACCCGCAACCCCGACGCCAGGCCCAGACGCAAGAGGAGCGCGCCCUACAUCAUUUACCCCGAGAUCCUGGUGCUGGUGGACUACGACGGCUACCUGCUUCACGGACAAGACAACAGCCAGAUCAAGAGCUACUACGUGUCCUUCUGGAACGGCGUGGACCUCCGCUACAAGCUGCUCAAGGGGCCCCGCGUCAAGAUCUCCAUCGCCGGCAUCAUCAUCUCAAGGAGCAGGGACGCCAUGCCCUACCUGGAGAAGAACCGAGUGGGCCGCGACGCCAUCGACUCCGCCAAGGCUCUCAUCGACAUGGGCAAAUACCUCUACCAGGAGCGGCGCCUUCCCACCUACGAUAUCGCCGUGGCCAUCACCAAAUUAGACAUGUGUAGACGCGCUUUCAUAGGGGGGGAUUGCAACAGGGGGACCGCAGGGUUCGCGUACGUGGGCGGCGCCUGCGUGGUCAACAAGCGGCUGCAGAAGGUUAACUCCGUGGCUCUUGUCGAGGACACUGGCGGCUUCUCCGGCAUCAUCGUCGCCGCGCACGAGGCAGGACACCUGCUCGGCGCCGUGCACGACGGGUCCUCGCCACCGCCCUACCUCGGGGGCCCCGGGGCGCGCAGUUGCCGGUGGGAGGACGGCUACAUCAUGAGCGACCUGCGGCACACCGAGAAGGGCUUCCGCUGGUCCUCCUGUUCCAUAGAGCAGUUCCACCACUUCCUUAACGGCGACGUGUCCACCUGCCUCUUCAACCUGCCGCACGAGGAUGAGUCGCUGCCCAGGGUGCUGCCCGGCAAGCUGCUCUCCGUCGACGCCCAGUGCAAGAAGGACCGGGGCACCUCAGCCUGCUUCAAGGACGACCGGGUGUGCGCUCAGCUCUUCUGCUUCGACUCCUCCAGCGGCUACUGCGUCUCCUUCAGGCCUGCCGCUGAGGGUUCCGACUGCGGCAACGGCAAGAUCUGUAUCAACGGCCGCUGCGAAUUCGAUCACGGGAACUCUAUAUCUGACUUCGACAACAGGUCCGGUGAGCACUUCAUCUUCCAGUCGACUCAGAUCAAGCCAGUGUACACGGACCCGCCCUUCUCGACGACCACCAGACGACCCUUCACCACCAGACGCCCCUUCACCACCACCACCACCACUCCCACCACCACCACCACGCAACUCCCCGCCGUCACCACCACCAGGGGCAGCUGGUGGAACAGGUGGAAUUGGAACAGCUGGAGUAAAGAUUCUGAUAAACCCACAACAACCAGACCCACCACGACCACCACCACCACCACAACAUCAACAACAACAACUACAACAACUACUACAACACCUUCACCACCAAAAGAUUUAAAAAAGAAUUACAAAGAGCCAGUCAAGCCAGCCGAUGGCGAGUGUGAGGACCGCAUCGCCAACAUCGCCGGAAGCCUCACCUGCCGUGAGUUCCUCCGCACGUACGGGUUCCGCUACUGUGGCCACCGCUACAUCAAUAAGAACUGUUGCCGCUCGCAGAAAGAGUUGUGUCGCGGCGGAUAGUGAGGGUGGAGCAGAGCCUGGCUUUGGGCCACGCCAGGCGAAGACUUCAGCAUCAGGCCCCGGGCACCUCAAGGGCGAGCCACCCUGCCGCGGCCCGUCCGUCCCUGGGCUGCGCGAGCUCAACCCUUCGAUCUUUCUUCUUCACUGACAAAGGUGUUGCAGCAGACAGUGCCAUCCCGGCGUCAUGGUGCCUCCUUUACGAAAGAUUGAAGAGGGCAUCAUUUUCGUCCAUCAUAUCAUGUUCAUCAGUGAAGACGCCAAAACAGAGUCAUCCCUCAGAGGGCGGGCCAGACAGGGAACGCGUGGCACCCAGGCGGCUGUGGAGACGACUGCUGACGUGACUUGCUGGAGUGACGCUCCUACGUUGCGAGGAGGCAUCAUUGGAAACGCUUGACAAACCACUGGGAUGUGACUCCUACCACACAAGAGACAGCCCUUGGUUCACGCUCUCAGCUGCCACACUCCCUGUUCCCCGCCGCUCCUCUCCCCCCCCUACACCUCACCGGCACACCAUAGCACUGGCCUGCAAGUUACGCAUCACCACUCAGUGAAGUAAUCAUCGGGACGCCGGUCUGAACAAGUCGUGGCCUGCACGCAACACCCAGCCCUGGCAGCCCGCCGCCCUAGGCCGCUUCCUGGCCCCGCCCAGUCUUUCCCGGGGUGUUCCCGAGAGGAAAUACCCAACUCCAAGCACAGUUCACAGAACCUGUGUGAUGUACAUAGUUGUUGAUUUUUAUAUAUAAAUUUCCAGUAUCUUAUAUUGUAAAAUAACUUAACGUCUGUGAAAGCAAUACAAUCCCGUGAUAUACCUUAUUGUGCAAUUCCUCAGAGAACCUUCUUACCAAAUAGCUUUUCCUUCCUUCCAUGAAAAAGUAAUAGGAAUUCUGUCCCGUCCAUUUUGUAAAUAGUCACAAGAAGUGUAGUAUUUAUAUGUAAGAGAAUCAGUGUGAAUGGGUCUGUCCAUCCCGCACGCCCAGCCCCAGCGUGCCGGGCGCCCUGAGGCCGGCCGGGCAGGCUCUGGAUCUGCCGCCCUCCACUCACCCGGGGCAGCAGAGGUUUCUCAGAGGCCCGGCCUGGCUGAGGGACACUCGUGGCGUGCCUUCACCGCUGCCCACACAAAGUGCUGCGGCAACUGUUGACAUUCAUGCCUUGUCUGGCUCCAGCAGUAUUACGAGACUCGGACCGUCACUGCCCUGCCAGGACCCAGGACUGGACGGUCCCUUCUAAACAUGUCACUUUUGGGGAAGGUCUGUCAGGCAGAGCAGAGCAUCACCGGCAUCACUCACCAUCAGCUGUCUCAUGACCACCAUAUCAAUAUUGUCACUGUUCAUCGGACAAGUUGUCUGGAAAUCAUUGUUAUUUAUAUAAUGCUUAUUGUUACACUGCAUCACAGCGCCAGGAUAGAACGAGUUCCCAGACCUGAACCAGCUCAGAGUAGGCAGGCGCAGGCCGCGCCCUACUGCUGCACCGCGCUGAGCUGUCAUUAACAUGGUGAUGAUCACAAAGUAACGAGAAAAAGAUACAAAAAAAAAUCAUGGCCUUAAAGGCGUUCCUUGCAUGACUUCGGCUGUUGUGUACAGGCAGCAGCGUGGCCGUGCAGCGUACGUGUUCAGUUUUCAACUUGUUGUUCACCGGACCACAAAAUGUUCAACCCCUCGGAGUCCAGGGUUGGUGUCCUGCACGAACCCUCCUCCUCCCCACGUGCAUCAUGCAGGAGGGACUCCCUUUUUUUUUUCAUUUAUGUACAUAAAUCAGUAUUUGAAAUUAUUUAGCGUAAAAUUAUAUCACAUUCGUGUAUCUCGGAAGUUAGUGUAUAGACAAGUUUAUUUUUUUCUUAAACAAAAAUCAUUUUCUUCGUAGAUGAAUGAGUGUCAGGUGUCAAGGACGGUAUUCAGAUGUGUGAUUGUUUCUCUGAUUUACUGUGUGUGUGUGUGUGUGUGUGUGUGUGUGUGUGUGUGGGUCCUUGGUCCACAGCUGACCGGCUCACCUGUUGGCCAGGUCUCCAUGUUAAGCCAGAGGUCAAAAAAGACAAUAAAAAUGUCUCCCAAA